CACUUAACGCUGUAGUGAAUACAGCUGUGAAAUGCAGUAGAGAGUAAAGGUAUACAACAACUGAAAAGAGAAUUGCUUUUAGAUCAAAUUCGUGCUGGUUUAUUUUAACCCGGUGACACUACUUAAUACAGGAACAUAAUUUUCUUUGAGUAUAUAAAAAAAAAAAAAAUGAAGGCUGUUGUUAGUCCUGGUUGCCCGCAGAAGGAUUCUUCGAACUGCAGUGAGCUUGCCUUGCGGUGUUUAUCGGAGCACAGCUUGAGCAUCGCCCGGUGUAAGAUGGAAGAAGACUCCUUCUGCCUGCAAUAUGACAUGAAUGACUGCUACAGCAGAUUGAAGCGGCUCGUGCCAACCAUUCCGCGGGAUAAGAACGUGAGCAGAGUAGAAAUCCUGCAGCAUGUGAUAGACUAUAUAUUGGAUUUGCAGUUUGCUCUGGAAGCGCAUCCAGUUCUGUUGAGUCAACAACAUGGGAACUGUCCGUCUGCCAACCGCAGGGCACCACUGUCCCCUCUGAACACCGACCAGGCAAGCUCCAUAAUAAAAAACCAAGAAGACAGCAUUUUGUGUCGUUGAGAGUUAUAAUGGUGUGCAGAAAGCAGAUCCAAGGCCAGAAAAUGCUGGAGGGAAACUUAAGACCAAAUCAGAGGGAAGGAAUGCAUCAGACAUGAAAAAGGGGGAAACCAACAUCCAAAAUUAAUAUCAUUUUACAGAUUUAUAGCAUGUAUUAUGGCAUGCCAUCUGCAAAAGAAAGACUUACAAUGAUUGAACUAUUUUCUAACACCAACAGAAGACAAAAAUCCUGCUUUAGAAUUUUAGUGAUUUUUGUUUUCUAUUCUACUAAAGAUACAAUUUUAAAGCUUUACUAACUUAUGGAAGAAUUGUAAAUGUUUUUACAUCUAUUGUUUAAAAUAGAUGAUUGUGGGACCAGGGAAAUGCUUAUUUUCCCUGUAAUAAAUUGUUAAAUAUUGUAUAGAAGGAUAAUGAUUUACGACCCCUAAUAUUGUGUAUAUAGAGAGAUGUUCUAUAAGUGUAAUGUGGAAAAAUAUCUGUAUGCUAAAAUAGACUAC